AUUACGUCACUUUCGUCAACAAAGAUGGCGUCCCCCUGUGUGCACACCGUGAGAUGCUUCCUCGGAUGCUUCUUUAAAUUAAAUGCAGUCACGUUACAGUUUCAGCGGCAGGUCCUGAGGAGGCAGAUAUGUGUGAGCGCUGCACUCAACGGGAGUAGAGUAACAUCUAAGAAGUCUGAGAAGUUCACAGAAGAGUUCAUCCAGAAGCAGGUGGAGGAGUUCAACAUUGGGAAACGGCACCUGGCAAACAUGAUGGGGGAGGACCCUGAAAACUUCACCCAGGAGGACAUUGACAACAGCAUCGCCUACCUGUUUCCCUCUGGCCUGUUUGAGAGGAGAUCUCGACCCAUCAUGAAACAUCCAGAGGAAAUAUUUCCAAAGCAGAAAGCUGUCCAGUGGGGAGCGGACAGACGGCCUUUCCAUUUCUUGUUUUACACUGGCAAACCGUCGUACUACUCCCUUAUGCACGAAACAUUUGAUAAAUUACAGAACAUUGAGAAGUAUCAGGAUCAUCUGAUGGCUAAGGGGCUCUUUUCCAAGGACUCAUCAAAGGUUUCUUUAGGAUCAAGUCGGCUCACAAAGGAGGAACUGGAGGAAAAGCUGGUGGAGAACAUCUCAACCCACAAUUACGAUCACUUCAUCCAGCUGAUGGAACGCUUGCUGUCGAUGCCGUACUGCAGCAGAGAGGAGACGUUUAUCCAGUCGUUCCGCAUGCAGCUGCAGUCUCAGUCCAUGAAGCAAACUGUGACCUCGCUCCAGAGGGAUGAAAGGGGCGUGGCUUAUACCACUGCAGAAGGACAGAGAAAGACGUCGACCUCAUCGGUGGUCCUCAGAGACGGUGGUGCCGGGCGCAUCACCAUCAAUGGCCAAGAGAUGAUCCAGUACCUCCCCGUGCUGCAGGACAGAGAGCAGCUGAUGUUUCCGCUUCAGUUCAUGGACAUGCUCGGCCGCUUCGACCUGGAGUGCACAGUGAGCGGCGGUGGGCGCUGCAGCCAAGCGGGGGCGCUGCGGCUCGCCAUCUCCCGUGCCCUGCUUGGCUUCCUCUCUGAGGGAGAUGUAGAGAAGAUGAGACAAGCUGGUUUGCUGACUCCUGACCCCAGGGUGAAAGAGAGGAAUAAGCCUGGCCAGGAAGGAGCUCGAAGAAAAUUCACCUGGAAGAAACGCUGAAAACAGACACAGAAUGUGAACACUGAGGUGGAACAUUCAGCUCGACUGUUGGAAAUUACUUUUUGGAUCACAGUGACGUCAUGUGGAGUGUCUGGCCUCAACGAGCUGCAGUGUGCGUCUUUUACCACCAGAUGGCAGUCUGUGAUUAGGAAUCAAUGAAAAUGCCUUAGUGAAAAUCAAUAAAUGAAUUUUGUUUGCCCCC